GUGAUUACCCACCGGGUUAUGUACAACAGACCCGUCACCCCACGGCAGGAAUGGGAUACCGCACUAAUACUAAAGGACUACGUCAACAGCAACCUCUUUUAUGAUUGGGGAUCAUUGAACAGAUCCAUAGAGAACGCCACUUAUCUGGUUCUUGAGAAUGGGGUAGUUGUUCAUCGAGUACCUUUACUGGAGCGGGAAUGGAGCGUGUGUUACUUCUAUGACGUCAGUCAGGUCUGUGAGAAUGACGGCAGGUGUUACAUGGAUGAUAACGGAUACCCCGCCUGCAGUUGUAUCGGGGAAUUCUAUGGAGACUAUUGCCAUCUGUCCGGCUAUAGAGAUUGGAACCCUAUCUAUUGGGUGGCCAUGUUCGUGCCUUUAGCUCUCUGUAUCUCGCUCGCACUCUGCUGUACCUGUUACGCAAUAGUCGCAGCAAUACGAAAACGGAAGAAGAAAAAGGAAGAGGAGAAUGAUUUUACAACGAACGUAGCCGGGUCAUUCCGAAUCCCUCGAAGUUUCCUGCUGCCGCCUAACUGGAAGCACAUCAUCACGCGGUCUGACUUCGGUGCCGACCCCUGGGAGGAUUCCGAGGAUGAGGCAGAGACGGAAGAGACGACAACCGGUACGGACCUGUACCACCGCAACCCUCUUCCGGGCAUGUACUUCCCGGACGAGGACAUCGGCGACACUGCGGCACAACCAGACAUAGAUCCCGAUGACAACCAACAGUCCACGCUAGACCUCAUUAACAACCUGCUGAGCGCAGACGUACAUAGCGGACCCGAUCCUUUGUAACCAGGCGAAAUUAACCUGAAAAUCUGUGAAGACCUAAUCCCAAGAGCAGUUAUAGCAACCACAGGGAGGAGGAAGAAGAUUUUGACAGGCUGUUUGGAUUGUGGACCUUUCACAAUGUAGAUUCAUUAUCUCUACAACAUCCCCUAUUUCGGAUAUG